AUGGUCCGUGCUGGAUGCAGUCUGGCUCGGAGGCUAGGGACCCUGGCAUGUGCAGCCCUGAUGGGGAUACUCUGGCUCCUGUGGCCAGCUCCCACGGCGCCCCCGCCGGCCCCACUCACCAUUCUGGUGUGGCACUGGCCCUUCGGCCAGCAGCCCCCAGAGCUGCCUAGGAACACCUGCACCGCCUUCGGGGUAGCCCACUGCCUCCUGAGCACCGACCGCAGCCUGCUGGCCCACGCGGACGCUGUGGUCUUCCACCACCGGGACCUGCAGGCCCGGGGGGCCCACCUGCCUCUGGCCGCACGCCCACCGGGCCAGCCCUGGGUGUGGGCCUCGUUGGAGUCACCCAGCCACACGCGGGGCCUGGGCCACCUCGGAGGCAUCUUCAACUGGGUGCUGAGCUACCGGCGGGAUGCUGACAUCUCUGUGCCCUACGGCUGCCUGGAGCCCCGGCAGGGCCCAGUGCCCCCGCUACCCCCCAAGAGUGGACUGGCCGCCUGGGUGGUCAGCAACUUCCAGGAGCAGCACCAGCGCACACGGUUCUUCCGACAGCUGCAGUCGCACCUGCGGGUGGAUGUGUUUGGCCAGGCCACCCAGCGACCACUGUGCGCCAGCUGCCUGCUGCCCACUGUGGCCCGCUACCUCUUCUACCUGGCCUUUGAGAACUCACAGCACCGCGACUACAUCACGGAGAAGUUCUGGCGCAACGCGCUGGCAGCAGGUGCCGUGCCUGUGGCACUGGGCCCCCCGCGGGCCACGUACGAGGCCUUCGUCCCGCCUGGCGCCUUUGUGCACGUGGAGGACUUCACCUCUGCCGGCGAGCUGGCUGCCUUCCUCGCCAGUAUGAACCAGAGCAGCUACCGGCGCUACUUCGCCUGGCGAGACCAGUUCCGGGUCCGGCUGAUCAGCGACUGGAGGGAGAGGUUCUGUGCCAUCUGCACGCGGUACCCACACCUGCCCCGGGGCCAGGUGUACCAGGACCUGGAGCGCUGGUACCAGGCCUGAGCAGAGCACAGGGGUGGGACUCAGGCUGCGCCUUGCUGACA